UAAUGGCACACGCCUCCUCUGUGUGUGUGUGUCAACAUUUUGCAUUCGGACUUUUUCCUCUCGGUCCUUCUUCCCCUCUGGAACUUUUCACGUCAGUUCAGUAACGAAGGACUAUAUCGGAAUUAGUUCAUCGAACCGAGAUGGUUUUAAGCACUUUGGUGCCAAUUGUGCUCCUUCUUUCGUUGUCUUCGACGACAGUUUUGGCCCAAACUGCCGCACCUGGCGUAGUUUGCGAGUCCAAGAACGGCACCAGCUGCGAGGAAUGUCUGAACAACGUGACGUGUUUGUGGUGUAUCAAAACCAAGUCGUGUGUGACGUAUCCAGUGAGGACCAUCCUGCCACCGCAUUCACUUUGUCCGCUCUACGACGCACGCUGGGGCCUGUGUUGGAUAAACUUCCAGAACUUGAUCAUCACUCUUGCGGUGCUGGGUGGCAUUAUCAUCAUAGCCCUGCUGGUCUGUCUGUUCUGCUGCUGCAAGUGUGAAAACAUUGGAUCGUCACGGUUCGUGGCCAAGAUGGAGAGGCAGGCAAACAAGUCGAGAACAAAACAGGAGGAAAGGCGGGCUGAGAUGAAACAGAGACAUGACGAUAUCAGGAGGAAAUAUGGCCUAAGCGGACCAAAUCCUUACUCCCGAUUUGGAUGAGAGGAUUCAUUACACCGGGACUUUAUUUAACGAAACGGCUGUUAAUUUAUGAAGCAAUGAAUUCAUGUAAACUUUCAUUUAAUGAUUAUACAUUAGAUGCCUCUGUUAUCAUUCAGCCAAUGAUGAGCAAUUUUGUGUAAUGAGCCCAGAGGCUGUAAACAAACGCUAAUACCCCUUUUUCCACUGCACGGUACCUAAUCAGUGCAUUGUCGUCGUCAAAAGCAGGUACUACGAGGUACCAUUUCUAGAGCUUGACGUAAACCACUGCUGGUACAGAUUUCAACAUUGAAACAUUAGCGAAUACAUGCUAGAAAUGACCACAAAAUGAACGCAUACAAACUUUAUCUCACCCUGUUGUUGCAGUAUUACACUCCACAGUCUCCACUCGGCUGCAGCGGCCCGUUUUCGUGCUGCCCUCAGUCUUAAAUGAUCAAAUUUGUCUCCAGUAGUCCGUUGUUCGGACUAUGGUUUGUUAGAGCGCCGAGCGACGCGUUCAAUGCAGGGUGGUAUUCGCAGUUCCCCCGUGGUACUACUUUCACGAGGAAACUGAGCUGAGAGGGUAUGUGCAGUGGAAAAAAAUCAUCUGUAUAGCAGCAGUGAUUUCCUAGAACUCAAUUUGCUUUUGUAGUAAAACAAUGCCGGGAAAUGCUAGUUUCACAGCUGAUUUUAAAAAUGUUUCUUAAUUUAAGGUGAAUGUGUGCCUUUCAGUCACCGAUGCAUUAUUAGACACUGUUGGUAUUAAAAGACUAAAACUGA